ACGACGCAGCCCAACCCGUUCCCACCAAACCAGCGGCACCACCCAUGGCUUCGGCGGCGGCGAGAUCCGGUCUCCGGUCGCUGGCGGUGCGCGCCGGCCCGUUGAGGCGCCGCAUGUCCUCCUCCGUCCACGACGACGCCUAUGAGACGGCCAAGUGGGAGAAGAUCACCUACGCCGGGAUCGUGACCUGCACCCUCCUGGCGGCGUACAACCUGUCCAAGGGCCACCCCCACUUCGAUGAGCCGCCGGCGUACCCCUAUCUGCACAUCCGCAACAAGGAGUUCCCAUGGGGCCCUGAUGGCUUGUUUGAGACGAAGGACCACCACUGAGCCCUGAUUAGCACACAUUCAGGAGCUGGUGCAUGCUUAAAAGAGUUAUAUGGUUGUUUCAGUGAUUUUCCUUUUCCCUUGAGACCUAUUUGCUGCAACAAGAAAUAAGAAUGACCAAACUCUUGUAUUGACAGUGAGGUUUUAACUGUGUUAGCUGUUACCGUCUUGUCUUCUUUUCUUUGCCGUCCACGUCAAAUAUGGUCACCUGUAAGUUGAUCUUGCCCGGUGUCAGGAAACGGCAUCACAAUUAUCAAAAGCUGUUAUCAUAUUCUGAUGGCUUAAGAUUGCACCCUGUGCUCGUGAUGAUUUCCCGUAUCAACUAUCAUUCUAUCAAGGCAGAACGUAAU